GCUAACGUCCUCUUAUGGAUUCACAAUUCACAACUUUGAAUUUCUUUCUCUGUAAAAGCUACACUUGUAAUUUGCAACUGACAGCUGCAAGUUUGUUUGACUCUUUCAAGGAUCAGUUUGGAAAUUCAGCCGGGCAGAACCUGAAUGGUACUGUGUCCAUCUCAAUAAAGUGUCCUGAAGAAGAAAGAAGCAGAAUCCUCCCUCUGUUUGAUGGAAAAACUAACAUCAUUUCAGUUAAGUUGAUAGAAGGAAGUGUCCUCAUCAAUAGUUUAGCGAUCAUGGAGGACAGUCCUGGUGAGAAUGGAAGCAGAUAUGUUCUACACUUCAAACCAGAAGUGACAAAUCCUCCCACAUCUCUGAGUCCCUUUGAACUGCCCUUCCAUUUUUAUAACGAUUUUGAGAACCAACAAAAAAAAGUUGAACUGAUGAAGAAGAAGGAUGAACUGACUGAGGCUGUAAAAGAAUGCAAUAAAUUCUUUCAUAAAAUUUGCGAUCAGAAGGAUUUGCUGAAAAAUAAUGUCGACGUCUCAACUAGGAAAGAAGUUUCUCUCAGAAAUGAGCUGAAUGAAAGAAAGAGGCAUAAAAACAGAACACCAGUUAUCAAUCACAGAUAUUAAAAGAUGCCUAAAGCAGAAGACCUCUGAAUUGGAAACAAUAGAGAAAACUCCAAGAAGAAUCUUUUCCAUUCAUAGAAAUUUCAGCGGGCCUGACGUUCUUGGAAUGGUUGGUGAACUGGCCUUUGUUGCAGAUGAUGAUGUUGCAAGGGUCAUCUCCUGGCACCUGCAGGGAGACAUGGACUGUGUCAUCACCAUGACGACAACAGCAGCUCAGAAACUUUAUGAAGACACACGGGGCGAUCAGCAGGUUAUGGCCCUCGACAGUAUUCUUGGGCAACAUAAAGACGGACCCCUGCCACAUAUAAUAAACCAUCAAGAACUUUUUAAACCUUCUGGAAACCCAACCUUUGCCAGAAAACACCUGAUUUAUCGUGACAAAGAGCUGAGUUGUGAUCGAAAUAACCUGAUAAAAGUGUUUAAAAACAUCCUUGGCGACACGAUUCUGAUGGAUGACUUAGUCUCAGCCACCAACUACAGAAARGCGCUUGUGGACAAGGAUAUACAGUGCCCCACCAUACUGACCCGAACCGGGGAAAGAGUCAGUGCCAAGGGCAAAUUUGGAGGUUCACAGAACAGAGCGCCACCGAUUGACAAGCUGAAAGUGUUUGGAGCUCCUCUACCAGAUAAUUACGAAGAACUGAAGAAACAAAUAGAUGUGCUUCAUCGGUACUGUGCAGCRGUGGAAGAAAUAGACAAAGCAGAAAAGGAUCGUAAUGACCAUUCCACAAAAUGGCUCAGUGAAAUUUUCCAAAAAGAAAAGGAGAAGGAUGCCAUAGAAGGGAUUAAUAAACAACUUGGUACAUUUCCCAUUUGUUUUGUCUAAUUUUGGAAUUAAUUUAAAACAAAAGCUUUCUGUUUUCUCUGAAGCAUCAGUGCCAGUGAGAGCAGGAAAACGUGCUUCUGGAAAUUCUGAGGGGUCACCUGGCAUCACUUCAAAACGUCAAAGACGGAGAUCUGUGGACGAGCCAGGAUCGUUUUCUGAAACGAACUAAAGUUUAACUUUGAAUUUUGACUAAAGCAUAUUUUUGUUAGUAUUAUAAUAAUGAGUUGUUAACUCUCUCCUUUAUCAUGUUGUGUUUUUGUUUUUUUUUAAGUCAAAAAUGUUCAGUAAAUCACCUUAAAGAGG